AUGAUGAACACCUCACAGACCACAGCCCUUCCCCUCACUCUUUGGGCCUUCCAUGUCAACUCCAGCCCUGUCUCCUACCCCCUCAAUUCCACGGAGAGCCCAUCCCAUGCUAAGCUGAAAGCAUGCGAGCAGCUCAACAUCGCCACAGAGGUCUUCCUCAUCCUUGGCAUCGUAAGCCUGCUGGAGAACAUCCUGGUCAUCUGCGCCAUUGUGAAAAACAAGAACCUGCAUUCGCCCAUGUACUUCUUUGUCUGCAGCUUAGCUGUGGCUGACAUGCUGGUGAGCGUCUCCAAUGCCUGGGAGACCAUCGUCAUCUACCUUCUCACCAACCGACAGCUGGUGGUGGAGGACCAUUUUAUCAGGCAGAUGGAUAAUGUGUUUGACUCCAUGAUCUGCAUCUCGGUGGUGGCCUCCAUGUGUAGCCUUCUAGCUAUUGCUGUAGAUCGCUAUGUUACGAUUUUCUAUGCUCUACGAUACCACAACAUCAUGACGGUGCGAAGGGCCGCCUUCAUCAUCGGAGGCAUCUGGACCUUCUGCACAGGCUGCGGAAUUGUUUUCAUAAUCUAUUCCGACAGCACUUCCGUCAUUGUGUGUUUGGUCUCCAUGUUCUUCAUCAUGCUUGUGCUCAUGGCUUCGCUCUACAGCCACAUGUUCAUGCUGGCCAGAUCUCAUGUCAAGCGCAUCGCCGCCCUGUCUGGCUACAACUCCAUCCACCAGAGGGCGAGUAUGAAGGCGGCUGUCACUUUAACCAUUCUCCUGGGCAUCUUCAUUGUCUGCUGGGCUCCGUUCUUCCUACACCUCAUACUCAUGAUCUCGUGUCCCAGAAAUCUCUACUGCAUGUGCUUCAUGUCUCACUUCAACAUGUACCUCAUCCUGAUCAUGUGCAACUCUGUCAUUGACCCACUCAUCUAUGCUUUCAGAAGUCAGGAGAUGCGGAAGACCCUCAAGGAGAUCAUCUGCUGCUACAGCCUGAGGAACAUCUUUGGAAUGUCUAGGUAACAUCAAACCGAAGCGAGAAACAUGAGACAAGAAGAACUGGGAGAAUCUUUCAUUUUAUAAUGUCUUAAGAGCUGAAUGCCUCCCGUUAUUCUUGAUGUAGAUGGAAAACAUGACCUUGUGAUGAUUUAUGUAAUCUAUGCUCUCCUUAUACUCCUAAAUGCUCUGGUGGAUUUCUCACGAAAUUACUGUACAAAGACAUCUAAGACAUUGAAACACAGAAACUUGUCAAUGCAAAAGUAGGACAGACAGGAAAGGCAAUCAAAAUAACAAAUCUAAUGAACAAGGUCAGUUCUAAUGAGGCAAUAGUAGAUAUUAAGAUUAUAUUUAGUCAUUGUAAUUUUGUUAGUGAUUCAAGGAGGCCUUAAUGGACUAUGGAAUAAUAUAAAAAUUGACUGACAGUAUGAAUCAUAUCACACUCUCCAGGGACACAGAGCAACUGUUGAAAAGAGAAUGGAAAAAAACAAGUGCUAAUCAUUAGUCAAAUUAAUCAUGCAAAACAACUUGUUGUAGACAUUAAUGAUGUAUUAGUAAAUUGCAACUGUGAAAAUUGCAUGCAAUUUAAAUUGGUGCAUGUGCUCUGUGUUGGAAGUGAAACAUAAAGAACAACUUGAAAAUCAUCUGCAAAAUCGUCAGUGUGAAAUGCACCGACAUACCGUAUAGAUUAGAGGCUCAUAUAGGUUCGCUGUCAUGCUGUUUGAAAAUGUCUACUAAUGGUUCCUAAGGCUUGAGAGGAUGACAGCUAAGUAUUCUGGGUGCCAUGUAACUAAUAAUUUACCUAAAAUCUUGAAAGGCAUUAAGAUUUUAUUAAAGGGUUUCAUAAUAUUGCAAUUGAGAAGAAAUGUUCCAGACA